UAGAGAAGAUGGAACCUUCAGUGGUCUCCUCUCAGCUUGGGAACAGCAGCAAUGUCUCAGGAUCUUGUCUUCGGGAGAGCCAGCACGUGUCCAUCCCCAGCCUCAUGUGCCUGGUCUUCCUCCUGGGUUUCCUCCUCAACACCUUCAGCCUCUGGGCCUUCUGCUGUCGUCUGCCCUGCUGGACCUCAGGGACCAUCCUUCAGUUCCACCUGGCCCUUAGUGAUGCCAUCGCCACCCCCAUCUUUCCCAUGAUGGCGGUGUACUUGUGGGGCAACAACUGGCCCUUUGGUCGCUUCCUGUGCCAGGUCAAGAUCGUGCUGCUGAGUUCUCAUUUCUACGGCAGCACCGUAUUCCUCACGCUCAUCAGCAUCCAUCGGUACGCAGCCGUGGUGCACUACAACAGAAGCUCCUGCAUGAAACAGAAGCCGUUUGUGAAGAAGCUGUGUGCAGGAGUGUGGCCUGUGCUCCUGGUCCCGUCUCUGAUCUACGCUCUCACGCUUCCUCCCAGUAAAGAGGGCACCAACAGUCAUUGCCUCUCCAUCCACCAGAAGAAACUGACACACUUCUACUUUGUUAUUAACUUCAUCCUCUUCAUCCCUGGGUUUCUCCUUCCUUUCCUGGUGUCGGCUGUUUGUUAUAGCCGGCUGGUGAGCACCUUAACGCGCCUCAACAUCGGCUCGGCUAAAGGUCUGAGAGUGAAGGAGAAAUCUCAGAGGAUGAUCGGCCUGUGUCUGCUGAUAUUUGGGCUGGGCUUCCUGCCUCUGAAUGUGAUACGGACCGUUGGAGUGGUGCUAAAGAAAUACUUUCCAGGACACUGCCAUGUUCUCCUGCAGGUUGAAACAGCAUAUUACGUAUCCUGGAUUUUUUUAGGAGUGAAGAGCUGCCUGGAUCCACUGCUGUACUGUUUUGGUUCCCAACAUUUUCGUGACGCGUUCCGGUCUAUCAGGAUUGGGCAGAGAGAUAGUCCUGGUAGAAAUGAAUCAGAGAUAACUCCAAAUCAGUAAUAAUUCAGUUAACAGAAUCUAUAUUUGACUCGUGUAAACCAGAGGUCCAUUCAUUACUACAGGAGCUAUGGGAGGACUGGGGGCUCAAGAUAGAAGGUUACGAUAAGCCCACACAUAUGGAUCCACACCCACCAUCCACUGGAACAAAAGCUAUGUUUCAUCAGAACCCUGCAGCUCCUCGCUUCUGGAAGUAUCUAAAAGUGAGGAAGAAGGAA